GGCAAGAGAGAAGACUGGACUAGGGACCGUUCAGCUGCUCAAAGCAUCCGCUGCGGUGGACCUGGUGGGAGCACCCGACCUCUCGCGCUUCUUGUCGGCUCCUCGCGCCUGCACAGCCGGGUAAUGAAGCCGCUCGGAGAGGGACUCUGGUUCGGCUAGGCGAACCCACAAACCCGGAAAAGCGCGCAGCGCAUCUCAGAGUUAGAUCCCGCUGGACCCCGGACCCCCGACUGGCGCGGCCGGCAUGUCGGAUGCGCAGAAGGGGCCGGACGAGGCGGACGACAGCCAGUGCGACUCCGGCAUAGAGUCGCUGCGCUCUCUGCGCUCCCUGCCCGAGCCUACUGCGGCCCCAGUCCCCGAACCAUCGCACAGAGGCUGCCCACAGCCCUGGAGCCAUCCUCCAGAGACCCACAAGGAACCGGGGGAGAAAGAAGAUGCGGAUGGAGAGCGGGCGGACUCCACCUAUGCCUCCUCCUCGCUCACCGAGUCCUUGCCCUUACUGGGGAGACCCGGAGUGGAGGAUCCGGCCCCAGGCUCACCGCUGCCCCACAAAGACGCGCUGAGCCCUCAGCAACUCGAAGCGCUCACGUACAUCUCUGAGGAUGGAGACACGCUGCUCCACCUGGCAGUGAUUCACGAAGCCCCUGCGGUGCUGUUCUGUUGCUUGGCUUUCCUGCCCCAGGAAGUUCUGGACAUUCAGAACAAUCUUUACCAGACAGCACUCCAUCUUGCUGUUCAUCUGGACCAGCCAGAUAUAGUUCGAGCACUGGUGCUGAAGGGAGCCAGCCGGGUACUGCAGGACCAGCAUGGUGACACAGCCCUGCAUGUAGCUUGCCAGCGCCAGAAUCUGGCCUGCGCCUGCUGCCUGCUGGAGGAGCAACCAGAGCCAGGCAGAGAGCCCUCUCACCCCCUGGACCUCCAGCUGAAGAACUGGCAAGGUCUGGCAUGUCUCCAUAUCGCCACGUUGCAGAGGAACCAGCCACUCAUGGAACUGCUGCUUCAGAAUGGAGCAGACAUCGAUGCACAGGAGGCCACCAGCGGGAAGACUGCACUGCACCUGGCUGUGGAAACGCAGGAGCGUAGCCUGGUGCAGUUCCUGCUCCGGGCUGGUGCCCGGGUAGAUGCCCGAAUGCUCAAUGGCUGCACACCUUUGCAUCUGGCAGCUGGCCGGGGCCUCAGCAACAUCUCGUCCACUCUGUGUGAAGCCGGUGCCGACUCCCUGCUGCUGAAUGUGGAAGAUGAGACACCCCAGGACCUGGCCGAGGAUCUCCUGUCUUAUUUACCGUUUGAUGACCUGAAAAUCUCCGGGAAGCCACUGCUGUGUACUGACUGAAGCCAGAACAAGGGUCCCGCCUCUUCCUACCUGGAAGCUGAAGCCACAGCUGCUGCAGUUGGGGCCCAAGCAACGUGCCCCUCUGCUGAGGCCAGAGCCUGGGGAUAGUGGAGUCCUAAAAUGAGAGGAAGGAUUACAAAUGAGGAAGAGCCAGUCCGGAAGGAAGAACUUCCCAAGUGGACAGGAUGGAGAGUCUUGAAAGACCCUCAAAGCCCCAGGUAUCCUGAGUGAAGCCUGCUUGCUUCUGUUGAAGAUGGCAUGGGCAGAAAUUGCCAAACAUCAGGAAAACAGGGAUGAGCAAACAGGACUUGAGGGGUCUUACCUAAAACCCCUCGUGAGUGUGCUUGGGACUGGGGGUUGAACCUAGAGCCUCCCAGUGGCAGGCAAGCUUACUACCAUGUAACCUCUUUUUACUUUUAAUUUUGUGACAGGGUCUCACUGAGUUGCCUGAGGUAGCCUGGAACUCAUUCUGUAGCCCAAGCAGUGCUUGAACUAGGAUCCUUCUGUCUCAGCCUGAUGGGUCUGAUGUCAGUGGGCCUGGGAAAACACACUUUUCUAAAGACUUCAUACGUAAGGCUCCAAACUGAGCCUUUGGGAAGGGACAGUUCUGUAACAUGACACUAAAGUGGAAGAGAGACUUAAAAAAACAAAGUCCCCCCCCCCCCCGCAGGUCGGUGGUGGCACACGCCUUUAAUCCCAGCACUCCGGAGGCAGAGGCAGGUGGAUCUCUGUGAAUUUGAGGCCAGCCUGGGCUACAGAGUGAGUGCCAGGACAGGCUCCAAAGCUACAGAGAAACCCUGUCUUGAAAAACCAAAAAAGAAAAAAGAAAGUUUCCCUUCUACAGUUGUAUGCAUAGGCAGGCAUGACCUGUGAUCCCGCGGUGAACGCAGACAGAAGGAAACUGACCCCUGAGCGAGGGGAGAAGGGCUCUGCUGGAUAGCAUAGGAGCAUGAGUUCUCAGGCCUGUCUCGUGCCAGCGCAGACACAUCUCACGUGGAAAUGCCCAGGGAUGGAAAGUGAGGAGGAAUAUGGAGACACGUGUCCCUGAAGAAGCCUGGGGACGUUGAGCAUAAGAGAGCUGCAACUCUACUUUUUUCCCCUUAGAUUCCACACACUGAGGCCCUGCUAGGUCAGGCCCUUGACUGGCAUGAAGACCCAGAAGAAAUAAACCAACGUAGUUUCUGAUGCUUAGCAUUUAUAAACUCUAAGCAAGCGCAUCCUGUGAGUGAGACAGCUAUUAAAAUUAUAAACAACUAAA